CACACUACUAUGAUCACAUUUUGUAGUAGCUAAAAUUUCUUUUUCCAUCUAUGUAUGUGUACGGAUGUACCUCAUUCUGUCUACACUAUCCGAACUACAAAUCUCUCUGCUGUUUUGAUGCUAUUGCUGAAAACAUGAGGAUAUCUCUUUAGGAAAAGGUGAAAAAAUAAGAAUUAUCCGGAGUAUAUGAUACACUCAGGGGAGGAUCUAUGUUAGGGCUAUGGUGGGCUGAAGCCCAGGGCAAAGCAAAAAAAAUAAGUUUUUUAAGGUAUUAUUUUGACAUAAUUCCAUCUAGCCCAGCCCGGGUUUUUGUAUAGCCCAGUCCAAUUUUUCAGCCAAGUCUAUAAAACAAAAUCUUACCAUAUAAAAAUCUAAUAUAAAUGUUAUACACAUCACCUCCCACUUAAUAAGUGGCACUUAAUUUAUACGUAUAAUGGCCAUAAAGCCCACAAAGCAUCAAUGUAAUAAAUACAAUAAAAUAUGAUUCAAUUAAGAACUUGAUUAGCAUGUUCACAUGAACUUGUAAAGUGUUUGAGUAUCUUCAACAACAUUAAUUGCCCAAAAGUGAGUUCUUGGGCAAAAGUUUGUAGUGUAUAUAGACAUUUUUCAUGUUUUGAAUUUGUGUUCGAUUUACUUUAGUUUGUAGUGUAUAUAGACAUUUUUCAUGCUUGGGACAAAAUUUCUAUGAAGGACCGACAUGUGUACACAUUUUGUGCACACCUAGCAAAACUCAUAGAUGGAAAUGUUUUCUUGAAGAAGUGAAUGAGUUUUUCUCAAAAAAUAAAUUCAUAUAUGCACCAGACUUGAAUUCUAAUUUCUAAAUAUAUGGUUGGUCAUUGUUGAAAAGAAACUACAAUUGAUAAUCAUUAUUACUUUGAUGUUUUCAAUGAGGUAAUAUACUUUUAUUCAUGGAGUUAACGACCCGGUUUAAUGAUAAAUCAGUGGAACUCCUUUCUUUGAGUGUUUCAUUUGAUCCAAAAAAUUCAUAUGAGUCGUUCAAUGUCGAUGCUAUUUGUACUCUUGUAAGGAAGUUUUAUCCCGAAGAUUUUAGUAGUCAGGACAUUCGUGCUUUGAAAUUCGAGCUGCAACACUAUGUUCAUGAUAUGAUUCAUGAUAUCAAGUUUCAAGUAUCUACACUUGUUAAAUUAUGUGAGGAAUUAACUAAAAGCAAAAGGUGUGAUUCAUAUGUUAAGAUGACUAGAUUGAUUCACUUCGUAUUGGUCUUAUUGUUUCUACUGCAACAGUAGAUAGAAUGAUCAGUUUCUGUCGUGAAACUUCUAAAGGCAACACUCUGCAAUAAAAUGGAUGAUAGUUUUCUUGUUGAUUGCAUGACACUUUACAUUGAAAAAGAUAUUACUCUCAGUAUAGAUGUAGACUCUAUUGUUGAUGAGUUUUUUGUUUCAAAGCCUUGUCUAGAACAAAUUUAGGGGAUACCUUUUAUAUUUGAUUUUUCGCUUAUUUUGAAAAAAAAUCAAUGUAUUAUCAAUUAAAACUUUCAGCCCAGCCCAACAUUAAAUCCUGGAUCCGCCCCUGGA